AUGAUGGCGAGCUCGUCUGGUCGUGCUACAGCUAUUGCUCGAUCUGGAUGGCCAAUUGCCAGAAGGCUCGCUGGAAAGGCAAGGAUAUACUCUUCAGCAUUGGAGGUGGCCAUAACCCAGCUUAUGGACAUGGACAUGGCCAUGUUACAAUUCUGGACCAGCAUUAUGGGAAAUUCAAGCAGUCAGCACUCUCCCAACCCGGGCCAAGCUGGCGCGGGCUACAACUCCUCGGAUGCAUGGGACUAUUUCCACAUCAACUCCGGUGACAAAGACCCUCGGGCCGAUACGGCUCCCGAUCGUAUUUGGGCCAGAGCAAAAGGUAAGAGAUUUGAGACUUCUUUGAUGUUAAAAGGCAAGGUGGUGGGGGCAGGUAGUGCCGACGCGAUCUCUGCGGAUGGCCGAGUGCUCACUUCCACCGGGGUUGCCAGAGUUCAGGAUGUGGUUCUUCCUCCAUCGCUGGCGGGCCUGUCAGAGGUUGGCGAUGAUUGUGAAGCCCUGUUGACCGUCCAAGACCGACGUGCUAUUUAA